UAAAUUUAAUAUUUCCAUUGAGCAUAAACACUAAAAAGUACUGUAUCUGUGGGGAGAGAGCGAGAGAGAGACACACAGUGGGACGGAGGCACAUAAUAUUCCAGGAGUUGUAAACUGCAUCCACAGCUCUCACAUAUAGCCGGUGAUUGGAUUCCGACCCGUAGCUUUCUAUUCCGACCUACUUUCUCCGGCAUAUAAACAUUUUCAUAUCUGCACUGAGAAAAAAAGGAAAAAAUGUGGGGGAUUAUGAGGCAAAAAGUUGUUACUGGAGGCUCUUCUGUUGGGAUUUUAGAGCAAUCAUUGCACAGGAUAAGGCCUGCUGUAUCGGCUUUGAGAAGUUACUCAUCUGCUGCCAAGGAGAUUACAGUGAGAGAUGCUUUAAACUCUGCCCUUGAUGAGGAAAUGUCGGCCGAUCCUAAAGUCUUUUUAAUGGGUGAAGAGGUUGGGGAAUACCAAGGUGCAUACAAGAUUUCUAAAGGGCUCUUAGAUAAGUAUGGUCCUGACAGGGUUCUUGAUACCCCAAUCACAGAGGCUGGCUUUACUGGGAUUGGAGUUGGUGCCGCUUAUUACGGUCUUAAACCUGUUGUGGAAUUUAUGACAUUUAAUUUCUCUAUGCAGGCAAUCGAUCACAUCAUUAAUUCUGCUGCAAAAUCAAACUACAUGUCUGCUGGCCAGAUAAAUGUACCUAUUGUUUUUAGAGGACCAAAUGGUGCUGCUGCUGGUGUUGGUGCCCAACAUUCCCAGUGUUAUGCUUCAUGGUUUGCCGCCUGCCCUGGGUUGAAGGUGUUGGCUCCAUACUCUUCAGAAGAUGCUCGCGGACUGCUAAAAGCUGCCAUCAGAGAUCCUGAUCCUGUUGUUUUCCUUGAAAAUGAGUUGUUAUAUGGUGAGUCUUUCCCUGUUUCAGCGGAAGCUCUGGAUUCCAGUUUCUGUCUCCCCAUAGGGAAAGCUAAGAUAGAAAGGGAAGGCAAGGAUGUCACAAUUACAGCUUUUUCAAAAAUGGUGGGCUAUGCUCUGAAGGCGGCUGAGAUACUUGCAAAGGAAGGAAUCAAUGCUGAGGUUAUAAAUUUGCGCUCAAUUAGGCCACUAGAUAGACCUGCAAUCAACGCUUCAGUCAGAAAAACUAACAGACUGGUUACAGUUGAAGAAGGGUUGCCUCAGCAUGGUGUUGGCGCUGAAAUCUGUGCAUCAAUUGUUGAAGAGAGCUUUGGCUAUCUUGAUGCUCCUGUGGAGAGGAUUGCCGGUGCUGAUGUUCCUAUGCCAUAUGCUUCUAAUCUUGAGAGAAUGGCUGUUCCACAGGUGGAAGAUAUUGUCCGAGCGGCAAAGAGAGCAUGUUACAGAUCUGUACCAAUGGCUGCAACUGCUUAAACUUAUCAUCAGAAACCCAAACCUUUCCGAAUUCAGGUUGUCUAUCUGUGAGAUGUAUUCAGUAAAUUUUCCGUUUUGAAAUUACACAUCGAUGCGUUUUGAAGUUGUUUCACGGCAAUGCUGAGUUCGUUUUUUAGUUGCCUUCGAAGUUAUUAUUGAUUUAGUAGGUGAAUGAUUGAAUUAUUUCCGGAAAUGUGUGUACAAUUUGUCUGCCUAUUUGGGUGGAACCAUAAUAAGAAAUACACGAAGUCGACCA